AUGGUGUUACUUUUUUUCUGUGGCUCUGGUGGGCUAAAGUUGGCGGUUGAAGAAAAUGGCAAAGAAAAAACAUCGCCUGCUACUUUACCCGUGGUACCUGGGCGGCAGAAAGAGCUACAUCCAGGUGCCGCUGCAACCGUCACAAACUGCCUAUGCAAAACGCCUUGCGUCAUGCAUAAUGCGAGAUUGACCUCUUUCCAGGAAUCGCCAUUGACUAAUCCCCGUAGGCACUUUGCUAGGAUGACAUACGAGACAGGAGUGCCUAGUUUCAGCGGCUUCAAUUCUGCAUAUAGAGGCCGUAUCUUACUAGAUCCUGUGCUUUACGCCCUUGUGCGUAGAAAUGUAUCCCGUUUAGGUAACGCGAACAUAACCGCAGCUACUUUAGCCGUGAUGAUGCAUCUGUGCUUGGAUAAUCGAUGCUGCAGGAAACAAGAAUGGCAAGUUUUACCCGCAAUCAUGUACUGCAGUAUCCCAUACGUCGCUACCUGCUCCUACAUUUACCUCCUCUCUAAACACCGAGACAUACAGGUGAUGCAUAAGCCGUUCUCAAUUAGCGACUCAUGA